CGCCCCUCACGUGGCUCCUCACUUUCAGCCUAGGCUGGCGUGAGCCUGGUGGGCAGUACACGUGCGCGCACCCGCCCCUGCCCGCCUAAACUACGUGGUCCCAGGCUCGGCGUUUCCUCCACUACAGCCUUCCCAGCACCUACUGCCAGAACCCGGCGUCAUGGCUGCCGCCAUUCCCCGCGCCGCUUCUCUCUCCCCAUUAUUUCCCCUUCUUCUGUUCCUCCUCUCCGCUCCGCAAGACAGCAGUGGCCUGCACACCAAGGGCGCCCUUCCCCUGGAUACAGUCACUUUCUACAAGGUCAUUCCCAAAAGCAAGUUCGUCCUGGUGAAGUUUGACACCCAGUACCCCUAUGGUGAGAAGCAGGAUGAGUUCAAGCGUCUGGCUGAAAACUCAGCUUCCAGUGAUGAUCUCCUGGUGGCAGAGGUGGGGAUCUCAGAUUAUGGCGACAAGCUGAAUAUGGAGCUGAGUGAGAAAUACAAGCUGGACAAAGAGAACUACCCGGUCUUCUAUCUCUUCCAGGAUGGGGACUUUGAGAACCCAAUCCUGUAUAGUGGGGCAGUUAAGGUUGGAGCCAUCCAGCGCUGGCUAAAGGGACAUGGGAUCUACCUAGGUAUGCCUGGAUGCCUGCCUGCAUAUGACACCCUUGCUGGGGAGUUCGUCAGGGCCUCUAGUGUAGAGGCCCGCCAGUCCCUCUUCAAGCAGGGGCAGGACAGCCUUGCAAGUGUGAAGGAGACUGACAAGAAGUGGGCCGAGCAGUACCUUAAGAUCAUGGGAAAGAUUUUGGACCAUGGUGAGGAUUUCCCAGCAUCAGAGAUGACCAGGAUCACCAAGCUGAUUGAGAAGAACAAGAUGAGUGAUGGGAAGAAGGAAGAACUCCAGAAGAGCUUAAACAUUUUGACUGCCUUCCAGAAGAAGGGGGGUGAGAAGGAGGAGCUGUGAGAAGGCACUCCAGGGUUUGGUGGGGUGGGGAGGGGUAAGUUACCUUCUGGCUGUGAAACUCUCCUGGGAUAUAAGGGAGUUGUAGGAAAAGUGGCACAAAACCAGAAAUCUGAGCAUGCGUGGAUACUGACGCUGUUGUGACAUCUUGGAACAUCUCUAUAGCCGGUCGGGGAUAGCUGGUGAACACUUAGAUGGCUUGUGAAAUUCCCCCUCAGAAGGAAUUGGUGCUAUAAAGGAGUAUACUGCCCAGGUUCUUGACAGGUAUGAUUCUGAUCCCAAUUAAAGUUUCUGUGUUUUCGUUAAGUA